AUGAGAUCUAAAGAAAAGUAUUUAGGUUCUCUUUUACUACUGGGUCAUUCUAAGCAAGAAGCUUUUAAAUCUAUUCAAGAAAGCUUUGAACAAAGGUUAUCCACUUAUAAUUCUGUAUCUUUAACUCAGGCAGGGAGGUCUACUAUGAUUAAACAUGUGCUUAAUUCAGUUCCAGCUUAUCAAAUGGGUACAUUCAAGCUACCAAAUCAUCUCAUCAACAAAUUGACUGCUAUUGAAAGACAUUUCUUUUGGGGACAUAAAUCCAACAAGGGUUCCAACCCUCUGGACUGGCUCAAGAUCUGUAAACCAAAAGACAUUUGA